CGCGCAUCUCGUGGGAAUGUUUCCGAGGUAUAAAAGAACGUAACGUUGUGUUUCGCUGAACCAUUGCUUUGCAUGUACCCGCUCGCUCCAUAUACCCAUCUCCGGACAACACACAGAAAGUGCGGCGCCGUGACGUCACCAUGCGGUUUUAUUUACUGAUGCUGUUUUGUGUGGUGCUGACAACAACAUGCGCCGAACCAGACCCAAAGAAAUACAAAUCAGAAGUGAAAGAUAAAGAUAAAUCAUCAAACACAACCCUAACAGCAGAAGAAAAGAAAUUCUUAAGAGAUGUUGAAGCGAAGUAUGGAAUUAAGACACGAGACGAGAAGAGUGACACCCCUAAAGAAGAAAAGAAAAAUGUUAGUGAACCUAAACCAAAAGGUCCUACACAUUUCCCAGCGGUUAUAGCUAUUGAGAUAGUAAACGAUACAGACACUAAAAGCAAAGGAAAGCGUACCAUUGACGCUAACCUUGGAUAUGGAUACAAAACUAAUAACGGUUACACAUACUCUUACUUCGGAAAACCGGCUCAAGAAAAAGGAAAAUUCAUGAUAUAUCCUUAUUCGCAAGAAGAUAUUCCUCCAAACAACGUCCAUUCCACAUCUAUAAACCAUUACGACCACUCAGGGAAAAUUAAAACUAGUGUUGAAAUACAACCAUCCCAAGCGUUUGAGUUAGUGCAAGUGAAAGAUGACAAACCAGCUUAUCAUUACGAGAAACCAGCGAUUGAGUUCACUACUCCAGCGCCAAAGCCUGUCUCAUAUUCAUCAUCGGAACAAAACAGUAAUUCUUAUUCUUCGCACCCUUCAACUCUGUAUACUACCUACAAUGGCGAACAAUUCAGUGGGCUAUCAGGGCAGUUCCCUACAGUGAUGCCUGACUAUCUUGUCGAUCCUUCACAACUGAUCAAAAACCCAGAGUUCCAAAGCGUUGGUUUGACCCAAGAUCAUUUACAUACUCCAGGCUCUCAUUUAGAACAAAAAGUUGUCCCAGUCUUAGUAUUGAGAAUUCCAAGUUCAUCACUAACAAACCCUACUGCAGAGCUGUAUGCUAACCUACCACAGAACUAUCCUUUGUCCAACUACUUGAACCACUUGAAUUUACAAGAGCUAGUAAACCAGUAUUUCAAGAAAGCUGGAUAUAGUUUCGCUCCUCAGGUUAUGGCGUACUCUAGUCAUGGUCUUGAGAGCCAAGGGGCUGAGAGUUACAGUCAAGAGGGUCAUGGUGGUGAAGCUCCUGCAUCUCAAUACGAGCCUCAACAAUACGCUCAUCCAUAUGUCCAGCCAACAUACACACAAGCUCAUUUGUCUGAUGGAGUGCAAUACUCCGCGGUUCAACCUGUAAUGGCUAGAUAUCCAUCUAGCUACGUACGUCAACACUAUAUGACAAUGCCUAAAGGUUAUUCCAUAUACAAACAACCUUCUCUGCCUCAGAAUUAUGAGUAUCAGUACCAGUACGUGCCACAAUCAGCUGUGUCAUCGCAGACGUAUUACAUGCCUUCAUCGCAUUACCAACAAGAAACGGAACACGUUUCAUUACAAGGUAUUCAAAGUUCUUCUUUAGACCAAGGGCAUGGUGUUCAUGAUAGUAAUGCUCAGGUACAAUACGCUUCAGUCAGCCCCGGGUAUGAAGCAGCUGUUACCCCUAGUGCUGAAUACGGUACGCCUGGUGUUCAGUAUGGAAGUCCACCAGCGCAUGCGGAAGCAGAGUACGAACAUUCAGCCACAGUAGCUCCUGAAUAUGGACCACCCCAGGAACAGUAUUCACAAUCAAUUUCCCCAGGUUAUGAAUCUUCAGUAACUCCCACACCAGAAUAUGGUCCUGCAAAGGAAUCAGGUGUAUCUCAAGUUUCCCAGUACUACACUCAAACUCAGCAUGAUCAACCAGAUAAUACAGUAUUUUCACCCCAAUCUGGACAGUCAAGCCAUGCGUCUCAAUCAGAUGUUGGAAGCCAACAAAAUUAUGCGUACCAACAAUCAGAGCAGCACUCUAAUGACCAUGGUCUAGUGCUCACAGAAAACUACCCGAGCAAGGACCAUACAAUCGCAACUGUUUUGCCUUCACAUUAUAAAACAGGAAAACAGAAUUCUGGUAUGAUUCAGACAGUCAGCUAUGUGACUCCUUUGCCUCAUCCAAAAUACCAGAUGCCUUACAGAGUAAUGGUGCCGAAAACCUUCCUUUAUAACCCAUCAACUGAGAAGGUUACAUAUGUGAACUCGCGCCCAAUGUCCUCAUCUUACAGCCAGUCCAGUCAUCAAGAUUACAACCCCGAAGCAGAAUAUACUAUUGGAUACCGCCACGUUCCUCCAAUUGGCAAACAAAAACCGCCAUCUUACCCCAGAAAUUACCACUCACAUCCCAAACGCAUGGUGAAACCUGACCACAAGACUGAUUCAUCAUCAUUCUCAAAGAACAAAAACGAACGAAAUGAGAAGAAAAGAUUAUCGUAAAUUAAAUAUGGAAGAUCACAGUGAAUGUGAUUUGUUAAGAAUGAUUGAGGUACUGUAAAUAUAG